AUGAGACUCGUUUUGACGGGCAAAAAAGACGAAUGGUCAAUUGUUCGUAAGACUGGUUGGUCACCGGAGAAGUUGGAGGAGGUGCGCAAGUCGGCGCACCUGGUCCUAAAUCACCCGGCGGAGUUGAAGCUGGCCAAGACCCUUUGCCGCCUUCCCGAGGUCCUUUACCGACUGCAGACGGAGCUGCUAUUCCACAAGCUGUGCGAUUACCUUUACGAAGUGAGCUGUGUCUACACGGAGUUCUACGACGCCUGUUAUUGCAUUGAGCAGGACCGUAAGACCGGUAAGUGUCCUCUACAUCUUCAUCCUCCCUUCUAUAUCUCCUUCCACUUAGUUUUGUUACUCCUUCUUUUCAUCAUCUUUUCUUACUUAUGA